AGGCCACCCACCAGCGUAGAAAACCUGCCUUUCUCUCUUAAAUCGAUUUUUCUCAAUCCAUCUAUCCCUUUUGAUAUUUUUCGACCUUAUGGCAGACCCCUCGGCGGUGAUCUCUAUGUAUGCAAAACAGGAACGAAUUUCGUGGGAUGCUGCAGUGGCGGCGAUCCCUGCAGAAAUGGCUGUCACUUGCAAGAUGGUCGCCUUUUCCCAAUGGCCUUUCGCAAAGCAUUUUCUGGCCAGAUUCCUGGCCUUUCCUGUGGAGGACAAACGCCUUUCUGGAGUACUUGGGGAGUUGAGAACGGUUUCUAUGGCUGCUGCAAUAGUGAACCUGGUCUUAACAAACCUCCGUUUUGCCCCACAGAAGACCUGGUACCAGGGUAUUGGGACCGGCUAGACCAGUACUACUUCUUGCCGAAUUUAACCAACGCAACUGCCAUUGUGACCGCCCCAGUCGUUAUUGCAACUUCUCUACUUACCUACACCACACCUAAUUUGUAUGCCCCGGUGAUUGGCCCUUCCGUUGCUAUCACGUCUGGAGCGAUCUCAGUGGUAUUGAUAAAUAUGACAUGCAUAGCAUUGAUUAUUUGGCUUUGCUGGCGGCAAGUGCGAUAUCGGUGUGACAAACAGGAGAACGCUUCCGAGAGUGAGCCCCUCCCUUCCAAGGCCCAUCCAGACCAGAACCGAACGACCCAGAUGACAUGUCACGCAAUCAGCAAAGUCAACAGAUCGAGCGACCUGCGGAGGCUGUCUCACAAGACUCUGUACAUCCUUUCAGCUAAGACGACAGGCACUGGAUCUUUGCUUCGCGCCCUGCUGCCAUACGCGACCUCCGAGGAGAGACAAAGCGUAUCGUCGUACUCUGGUAAUGCUCUUAUACUCGACGCUAGGGUAAAAUGUGAGGCGCCUGGCUCCACCAACUUGACCACUAAUUCGAUCUACGGCUAUGUCAACGGCACUGUAGUUUCAUCCAAAGACGAAAUCAUAUACGAGGUGUCUUGUCUUCGUGGCGGUACCACGAUCUGUCAGCUAGGUCAGGGAUCCAACACUUCGAGUUCUCUGUUGAGGAGCCAGUUCGACAACUCGACCGCUCCUGGAGCUGUCUUCUUGGUCACCACGGAAGGUGCUGUGAGGAACUACACAGAGGAAUGGUUGCACCUCCCGACGAAAAAUCUUUCGGUAUCCAUAUGUCAUGCACCAUGGGACGCUGCGAUUCUUAACGUUGACUUGGUCAGCCAUACAAACCGGACUGAGCCGAUGCUUCAGUACGACAUAUCAGUCGAGAGAUAUGAAACUUCAGCGGUCGUAGGACAUUUUCUGCCUGGUGGAAAUAGGACCACACGCCAAAUUAUGACCAUGAAAAAACCUCAGAGUUUUCUCGGUGAUUUGCCACCGAGGCAGCGACGGCCCAUAGUUCAGAGCGACAUGGGAGGUCAAUUUGCACUCGCAAAAGGUGGUAGCGGGCCGCUCCCAGGCGGAUGGACGGCAUUCAUGUCCGGGGAGCCCCUGAUCACUGUGUUGCGACGAUUUGCAGCCAAUGCUGCAGACACAACACACGCGAUAGCCGCUGAUCCAGCAUUAGCUGCCAUAUUCAACAACACCCUAGAGGUCAGUUCUGUGAGCUGGGCUAUGUCCAAUCUUCUUACCAUCCUCUCGAUGUCGAAUUACUACAGCCAGCAAGCAGCCUUUGACAGGGUUGACAACGUAACGGUCGCGGUCUUUGAGAAUAUAUUAUACCCACAAGAUAGUCUUGGUUUUGUGAUCCUCUUGUGGGUCUUGGUAGCUCAUGUUGUUAUUAUGGCAGCCCUCGUCGUCAUGUUCGUUAGGAACACGCGGUCGACGCUUCUCGGCAACGCUUGGUCUGCGCUCGCCCAGAUCCUUGAAUCGCAGGAGGUCAGAGAGCACAUAGUAGGUGCUAGUGAGAAGAGUGACUCAGAGAUGUUGGAAGAGUUGAAGGACGCUCGAAAGGAGGGCUUGAGAGCAAGGGUAGUGCGUAGAGGCGAAGGCAGUGAAGUUAUGGUCGAGUAA